GGGUUUUUUAUUAUUUUAUUUAAUUGUUGAUAUUUUUAAAUAAUUUUUUUAUGAUGUUUUUCUUCCAUUGACAUUUGUGUCUCUCUGUUAACCUCGUUGGUCGGUCUUAUUUUUUACACUGUUUUUCACUCUGGUGGUGUGGUCUAUAUUACUGUUCGAAACAAAGCGAUAAGGGGCUAUUUUUGCUGGGUUUUUGUUAGGGGUAUAGUGUUUGAGAGAGAAAAAUCAGAGCCAUAGAUUUCUAAUCCUUUCUCUCUUUUCCUCUUUUCUUUUUUCCGCUAGAUCUAGCAGUAUCUAAGUCUAUUUUCUUUUCUUCUCGUUUUGGGUUCUCUGGAGAAGGCAAAACGGCAGAGAGGAGGCUUUGUUGAGCGUUGUUUUCUCUCUGUUGGUGGUUUCGGUUGCGCUUUGGAAGAGCUAAGGGAGGUUGAUUAGUGAAUUUAUGUCGGCUGAGUUUGAUUUGGCUUUGAUUGGGGCUCAGUUGCAGCUCUGUUUUUCAUCUUCUACAACAACUGUCUGUGCUCGCUUGUUCAUCACCGCUUUGUUGGCUGUUUCUUGCAUGAUUCUCUGCUUCUAUAGGCAGAGACUGAAUAUCGUGUUCUCGACUGUUUCGAUGCGUUUGAGACCCAAAAAGAGUUGUUCUGGAGUUGAGUCCUUUGGAGGUUUUCACAUAAAACAACGAUUUUUCUAUCUUUUCUUGUUUUUAAGAGGGGCUCAUACUUGAUACAGCUUUCAUAGUUUUCGACUUUGUCACCCUUUUUUGUCAUUCGAUUUUGUUUAAAUAGUUGUCUACAGUUUUUCCGGGUAUUUUGAGGGGGGUUUUAGUUGAGUUUUACCCAGUUUUGCUUCCAAAAAUGUUAGAGCAUCGAAAACAAACCAUGAAUCUGAGUAAGUCCUGCAAAAAGCCUAAAAAACCCCAAUCAACGAUGAGUGAAGAAGAAACCCAAAUGACUAGGAAAGUUCGAGUCAUCUUCCAUGAUCCAUAUGCAACCGAUUCAUCUUCAAGUGAAGAUGAAUCCGAGGGAAGUGCUGCUAGAAAGGCCCCAAGGGGAAGGCGUUUUGUUCGUGAAAUGAGAGUUCCUGUUUUAGGCUUGGCUCCUCAGGUAAAGCCUCUUGAAUCCGAGACAUCUUCGCAAGACAGUAACUCUAAAACCCCUACUAGCAGGAAAAGGGUUUUGAGUAGAACCCUUGAAGACAAACCUCUGGUGGCUAAAACCAAAAAACCUGUUGGGGUUCGUCAAAGGAAGUGGGGCAAAUGGGCUGCUGAGAUCAGGCAUCCACUCAAGAAAACCAGGAUUUGGCUGGGAACUUACGAUACCCUUGAAGAAGCAGCCAAGGCUUAUGAAGCUAAGAAGCUCGAGUUUGAGGCUCUCACUGUUGCUGCCGCCGCCUCUGCUUCAUCUGAUAAAACCAAUGACCUUUCAUGUUCUGCGGCUGCUUCUCACAACAACACUGUUCCCUCUGCUUCAGAAGAGUCUGAGAGCCUUGUAUCGCAUACUUCACCAUCCUCUGUGCAUGAAUUGGAUACUUCCGCAUCUGUAUCAGUCUCUAAUAACAAUGAUGAUUGCGGUGAUGCCAACAAAGAGGUGUUCGAUGCGAACUUUGCUGAUAUACCGAUACCUGACCUCUGUUUCAUUGAUGAUCCAUUGCUAUCUGGCUCAGUUGGACAAGAGCUGAACAUAGAUGCUGAAGCUGCUGACUACCUGUUUGUCAACGAUUUUGGUAUGAUGUUGGAAGAUUAUUGCAGCAUUGAAGACCUGAGUAUUUGCGGGAUCGGAGCCGAUGAGCCAAGCGAUCUACCAGAUUGUGAUUUCAGCACUGAUGAUUUUGUUUUCGAUGAAGUAGCCCCCCUCAACAUUGCGUGCCCAUAAAUUUUGCAGUUAGGAGAAGUUAAUAUUAUAAAGCGUUGUUAGCUAAGUUUUGGGUCAAAUCAUGAAAGUAGAAAGUGAUCACAGGGACUCUCCAAGACGAGUUGUUAGUGAUGUGCUUUAUUUUUGUGAGUGCAAAGUCUAGUAUGUGUUUUGCUGGUGAAUUGAAAAGGAGAAAUGAGCGGUCUUGAUUCCCUUGGGUUUUCUUGUGCUAUAGAGCCGUCCCAAGGGACUCAUCUAUCUGGAAAGUGUUUUGAUGUUUGGAGCACCAUUGAUACUGGUUUUUUUUUUUUUGGCUCAUUCUCACAUGCUUAAGUACUCUAUAUUUUUUGUCGUUGGAAUGAAGUUUUUAUUUAAUUAAAAUACAACAUUGAUUCAUGGUCAUGGUUGCUACAAAUUGAUAUGAUAAGGGUAGUUGGAUGAAUCAGCGUGCUUUAAUGAAACGAGGUUGAGUAGCGGUAUAUAUUCUGAGCUCCAUUCAUGGUUGUUAAAAGGGGGAAAAGAAGGGGUUUGGGAUCUUCUAGUUGGGGUUUGAAAACUACAUCUACCUAAUGCUUUGAUUCUAAGGGAACGGCUGCUUUUCAUUAUGUCUUUUCUGCGCUAUGCCUCCAGUUGGAAUGCAAAGUUUGACUUUUUUUUCAA